UUCCGCAUAUUUAGACAGCGAAAGACGCCAUUUUUGUCACAUGUUCACUUUUCCAUCUCACAUGACCUCUUGUUUGGCCCCGUGAUCAAGCUCUACUGUCACCAGGCAAAUUCAAACUCAUUCCUGGAUAAAAUAUCAUGGAAAUGUUAGAGCAAGCUCUCGAUUCCAGGUAUCAAAACGCAUUCGAAAGCCAGGACAAGAGCAACGACUCAGCUGAUCCGGAUGAUAUACGCCUCUCUACAAAUGUGGAUACAGAUUUAGUCUGCAAGGUAAAACAGGAGCUCAAUCAGUUGGAGAGUUCUAGUAUGGAAUUAUCAGGGACAGUUGAGGCAGAUUUAGACCACGCUGAUGAACAAGCAGCAGCUAUAGCCAGUGUUCAGCAACAGCAAGGUACCAUCACUCUUGAUUCAACUCUUCAGUAUCAGAUCAGAGCUGAUAACAGUGCAGGUCAGGUGACCUAUAGAGUGGUUCAAGUCGCUCACGAUGGGACAGAAACAGCAUCACAGUUAGUGGGAGGUGCUGGAGGCUAUGCUGCUCAACAGGCGGUGAUCCAGAGCCCCUUCAGCAAUGGAGGCAGUCCUACAGGUGAGGGCGCUGAUGCCAGAUUUGCUUAUUUCCCGGCUCCAGCCGCUACAGAUGGAACUGUUGUUGCAUCACAAGGUCAGUUUUAUGUUAUGAUGUCACCCCAAGAUGUUCUUCAAGGUCAGAGACAAAUUGCUCCCCGGACUUCUUUUUCACCUAAACUUGAAGGGGGCGGGAUAAGGACUGCUAGGGAUGACAGAAGGCGAGCUACACAUAAUGAAGUUGAACGUAGAAGAAGAGACAAAAUCAAUAACUGGAUAGUCCAGCUGUCAAAGCUAGUUCCAGACUGUGCACAGGAGCCAAUAAAACAGACACAAGCGAGUAAAGGUGGUAUUUUAUCUAAAGCUUGUGAAUACAUUCAAGAACUUCGAACAACCAACAACCGUCUAGCCGAGACCCUAAAAGACACUGAACGGUACAAUGUAGACAAUGAGCUACUGAGGCAGCAGUGUGAGGAACUCAAGCAGGAGAACGCCUUGCUCCGAUCACAUCUUCAACAACACGGCAUUGUCCUAGACCUCGGCUCAGGGCCCUCAUAAUGUUUACCUGCGGUUUAUUUUUCCAACUGUUUUUAUUCUGUGAAUAACUAGGAGUUUUUAAAAAAAAACACAACAAAAAGCCGUUUAAAUUCUGACAUUGUGAUCGAUUGCUUGAGUGACAGUGUACAGCUGAUGGUGGACUACAUUUAAAAUUGUUGUAUUCUCAGAUGUGGUUUUUUUUUUUUUAAUGUAAGCAAAAAUGUGAUGUAGUGUGAGAUCACUUCACAAAAUAUUUCCACGUGUGACUCCCAUCUCUUGUUCUGACUAAACAAAAUGCGUUUUAUAAAAACUGUCAACAAAUAUUUGUAUAUACAGUUGUACAUAGCGACGGGAUGUUUAUAUCAUAAAAAGAGAUCUCUCAUUGGAUAAUUUGUCAACAAUGUCAUUAAAUUGUUUUAAUAAGGGUAAGUUUGGUGAUUGUUUGAUAAAUUCAAUGUGGAAGAAAGAUUUUUUUAUAUUUGUAUCACCUGCACUGUUGUUGAAGUUAUGAUAGAUUCACUUGUAUAAAUAAAUAGUUAUAUAUAUAUAUAUAUAAUGUAAACAAGAUGUCUUUCUAAAAACAGAUUUUUUUUUAAGACUGAGAAUUCCAUUUGUCCAGCUUAAAAAAACCAAUUUGUAUGCCCAUGUUUGCUAGCAUGGCUGUAUGAUUAGGUUACGUUAGCUGUGUAUUGCUGAAUGAAUUGGCUGAAUGACUGGUUCAUGUAACCUGUGUUUGGAUGAAUGAUUGGUAUGUUUAUAAAUACUUUUUACUGGUAGUUUGUAAGCUAUGUAUUCCUAUAUUAGCACGUUUUAGUGUGUUUAUGAUUGGAUAAUUUGAUUGAGGUGGCAAAUUUAAACCAAUUAGGUUGUAAGAGUGAUUUUUAUGAUUCUUAACACUUACAGUGUGGUGUGUAUGCAGAAUGUUUUAUUUAUGUGUGGUAAUUUAUUUUACAGUCAAAAGUUUGAUCACCAGCAUUCAAUUAAGUCAUUGAUUCCAAAAAAAUGGAUCUGAUCAUUUCAAUGUUAUAUUUCAAUGGCAGUUCAUAAGGAUUGUCUAGAAUCUGAACAGAAUAUCUAUUUCAUAUACAAUUUUAGUGUAGAUCAAGUCUCAAACGUGUUUAUCUAUAAUUAUUAAUAUACUAUGCUAGUAUGGCUGUUCUUAUGCUUGUUGUUACAGUACCUUGCGUUGUAGGCUAGACUAACUACUAGGCAGUUAGGUAGUUCUUGAGAUCACAAGGAUUAGAUGAGUUUGAAAUACACUAAUAGCUACUUGCUAGGGAUGAGGAAAGAAGUAUGCUUGAUUAAUUUAUAUAACAAAUUUUAUUUAAUUUCAAUAGAUGUUUAUGUUGGGAUUAAUUUAAUACAAGUUAUGCCCAUUAAUGGUUAUAACAUGUUCAUAAAUUUUGUAGGUUUGACAUUUUUUGGGGAAUUUUGUUAAGUAUAAUAUUCUGGUUUAAGGGAAAAGUAUCUUUCUAGCUCAUCUUUAUUUUUAUAUAUAUAUAUAUAUUCUCUUGAACUAUGCUCCACAUGAUAGUAUUAGCAGUAUGAAAUGUGUCAAGCCUCCAAGAAAAAAGUAGUCACAGAAUAAGCUACACAUGUUGCUUAAAGUUGUUAUAUUAUAAGACAAAUAAGCCAGUUGCUUUUUAUCAGGGGAAAGCAUUUUGUACCAGUGCCAACACAUUAAGAAUACAUGUGUCAGAUUGAAUGUGUAGAAAGUAUUUGAAUGAACAUGCUGUACAUAGUUUCACUGACAGCUGACAUGGUUUUUUGUGUAAAUAUUUAUUGUGUAUAUAGACAUUGUUUCAUGAAAUUAAAAUACAGCCCUGUUUAUGA